GGAUAAUGAAAGAGAAUUUAGGUGGCUAAAACCUAGUACAAAUGUCGUAGCCUCGGCAAUCUGUUGCCAUCACUAAGAUACAAUUGACUUCUCCGAAGUCCAAACUGGCGAGGCAGAAAGGGCACAGAAACUGGCCUCCAAGUCGCGCUGAAUGCUCUCUCCUCUGUUCCUCUAUCAGGACUAUGAAGCGGAGGCAGAAAAGAUUAACUGAUCUAAACUACGAUGUAUUGAAACACGUUAUUUACCACCUAGCGAAAUCGUCUGAUGGUGCCAAGAGCCUAGCCAGGGCAAUAUCUGUUUGCAGUGUGUUUAAGGAACUUGCAUAUGAUAGAGACAUAUUGAAAGCCGUGACAUUUGAUGAUAUAAAGCUGCCCGUUAUCCACGAGUCGUUUUGGCUACCCACUGCGUUGUUGUGCACCUGUUUUGGGGUGGCGAAUUUGAGUGCGGCUGACAAAAUAGCUGAUUAUGCAGGGAUGCUGAAUGCGGCUCACAAGGCCCUUAAAAGAGAUAUGUUCCGUUCGAGAGUGGCCCUCAUCGCAAGAAGUACGGAUAUCGAAGUUGCAAAUACAAGGGCAAGGAAGAAGGCUCUAGAUGCAGCAAUGGAUGGGUGCAUGAAGAUUUGUGACGUUAUUGACUCUCAACUACAGAAAACUGAACACUUCUUGGUAAUGCUCAAAGCUGCACAGAAAGCUCUUAGCGCCGAAGUUGCCAGGUGAUUGGGGAUUUGAACGGUCGAAGUGAGAUUUUCAUGCUAUAUGUUUAUAAUUGCAGAACUGGCAUGCGGUGGGAUAUUCUACAGAACGCAAAUUAAAGAAGAUAUCAGUCCCAUUGCCAUACACGGAAAAAAAUGCAUCUCUCCCCUUUAAACACAUAACCAUGUAAUGUGUUUAGGUCAUUGUUUUGUUCUCCCUUUUUCUUUUUGGUAGAUGAAACACUUGAAAAUGACUGCCACAAUAAUGUCUCAUAUUCUAAGUUAUGUGAGUAAUGCAAAAGUUCUUCCAAAUGCAGGUUAUUGACCUUAAUUCG